GUCACUUCCUUGAGAUCUUUCCAUUUGUUUAUGGCCAGGGUUUGUAGUUAUCUUUCCAAAAAUAAAGGACGGAUUUUCACGUAAAUGAACGAAAGUAAUAUUUUCACAAAGCCACGUUGAUUCAGCUGUAAAAUCUCGGCCGGAGAGGGGAAAGCGCCGCGUUAUACGGACGGACGCGGCGAGGUUUGGUUUAGCUCGCUCAGGUGGUGGAUCCUCGUUUCCUUGUGUUCGUCCCCCCGGUUCCGUGUUCCGUUUGUUUCUCGUGACUGAUGGAGUGUCCUCAUCUGAGCUGCACCGUGAGCUCAGGCCUGGACCCGACCCGCUUACCCCAGGGCACCCCGUCCUCCUGGAGCUGCCAAGAGUGCAGGUCCGAUCAGAAUUCGUGGAUAUGCUUAACCUGUCUGCAAAUCCACUGCGGGAGGUACGUGAACGGACACGCUCUGAAACACUUCGAGGACGGUUCCGGCGUCAACCACGAGAACGGAGAGAAACCGGAGAAGGAAGGAAGCCCCCUGCACUGUGUGUGUAUGGACUGCUCCAACUACAGCAUCUUCUGUUACAGAUGUGAUGAGUUUGUUGUAAAUGACACGGCUCUUGGACAAGUGCAGAAGCUCAGAGAACAUCUGCAGAAUUUAGAAAAUCCAGGAGGCGUCUGGGAUGGCGAGAGAAAACGUAAACUUCAAGAAAGUUCUGGUCCAGACAACAAAAUACUUAAACCAAAUGACGGAAGCGCUCUGGCCGCCACAGGUUUGAGGAAUCUCGGGAACACUUGCUUCAUGAACGCGGUUCUUCAGUCUCUCAGUAACAUCGAGCAGUUCAGUGGUUUCUUUAAGUCUCUCCCGGCCGCCGCUCAGAUCAGUAAAACAGCAGGAAGGAUGUACCACACCCGGAGCCAGGGGGACACCAGCGUAUCUUUAGUGGAGGAGGUGAGAAAAACCCUGUGCUCGCUGUGGCAGGGGAACCAGAGCGCCUACAGCCCCGACUCGCUCUUCUACACCGUCUGGAAGCUCAUGCCCAGCUUCAGGGGCUAUCAGCAGCAGGACGCUCAUGAGUUUAUGAGGUACCUGCUGGAUCACCUGCACAGGGAGCUGCAGGACGCUCAGAACGGAGACGCGCACGUGUGUGAGGAGCAGGCCGGGCCCACACGAGACAAAAGCUGCCUAAAUGGAAACAGCAGUGUUGUCACCAGUUUAUUUGGGGGCGUUCUGCAGAAUGAAGUGAACUGUUUAAUCUGUGGGACGGAAUCACGCAAGUUUGACCCGUUUCUUGAUUUGUCUCUGGACAUUCCUCGUCAGUUCAGGCAGAAGAAGAGUAAAGAGCAGGAGCCCGGGCCCCCCUGCACUCUGCACGACUGUUUACAGAGCUUCACUGAUUUAGAGGAGCUCGAUGAGACUGAACUGUACUACUGCCUCAAGUGUAAAAAACGACAGAAAUCCACAAAGAAGUUCUGGAUAAAGAAGCUGCCAAAAGUUUUGUGUUUGCACCUGAAGAGGUUCCACUGGACGACCUUCAUGAGGAAUAAAGUGGACACUUAUGUGAAGUUCCCCAUGAAGAGUCUGGACAUGAGGAGCUUCCUGCUGGAGCCUGAAGCUGCAGCUCCCGACAGCUGUCUGUAUGAUCUGGCUGCGAUCGCCGUGCAUCACGGGUCCGGGGUCGGCUCGGGCCACUACACGGCGUACGGCCACCACGAAGGACGCUGGUACCACUUCAACGACAGCACCGUGAGCCUGACCAGCGAGGACGCCGUCGCCAAAGCCAAGGCCUACAUCCUCUUCUACGUGGAGAGCGCCGCACCCCCGACGAGAACCGCGUCCGAGGAGGAGGAGGAGGAGGGGGGCGGAGUCUCGGACCGCCCCGCCAAACCCGCGCCGCCGCCGUCCGAAGCCACGCCCGCCCCGAGGCAAACCGACGGAGACACAGAUACCUCGAGCACCACAGGCCCCUCGCUCCCCUGUGUAUGACUCCAACGCACACGCAGAGUAUUUUUUUACGUGUUUCCUUUUAUAUUAUUCUGUAUUUUGUAAAACUGCACUGGAUUUUAAUCGUUAUUUGUUGCUGUUUAAAUCCAAACUAGAUUCCAAAGUCUAUUGUUUAAAACGAAGCCUUCUUUAGCGUGAUAAACGUGUAACUCUGAAUUUUAAUUAAAGUCCGUCUUAGGUAAA